CUUGUCAGAGCUAGGCAAGUGGAAAUUGGACAAUUGCAAGGUUUUGCUGAUCAAAUGCGCAAACGUCGUUCCCACGCAAAUUGAAUUUGGCGCCAAUUGUCUUGCCCGACGUCAGCCAAGGGGUCGCGAUCAAUGGCUAGCGAAGCUCAUCGUCAAAACAAACAAUUAUUACGCCGUCUUAUCGACUCAUACUGCAAGGUUUAUUGAGUGCACAGCGAUCCUGUCUUCCUCGCAUAUUCCUUGCCUUCAGUACGCUGUCAUGUGUCCUGCUGCACACCUGUUGUCGAGGCUGCAGGCAAAGCCACCCGUCUGCAAUGUGUUGAUGUGAUGCCUCCGUAGCUUCGCGGUUCGAAAGCGUAGAUGUGGGUAGUUUAGCAUAGCGAAUGUUACAAAAUGAGGUAUUACACGUGCAACCAAAGGCUAAAAGCCUCUCGCUAGCGGCCUUGGUACCAUGGAAGACAGCGGGAUCGACAGUGAUUCCAAGACGAACAGCUGUAAUGGUGGCGAUCGGCCGCAGCAAGAUCUACCGGUUCCUGUGAAGAAAUUGGAUGGCUGUGAAGUGGACAUGAACGAAGCAGAAGGCGCCGAGGAAAAACCACAGGAGGCACCGUCAGAAGAACCGCAGAAGACACCUGAGGAGCAGGCUGCAUCAAAGUCACGAGCCCUUCAACUCCAUAGACGAUUAGAGCGGCACAUACAGCAGUCAAAGAAAAUUCGGCAGCAGACACGAAAUGCGUGCAUCGACACUCAGCCCAAAAAGACACUCCUACCACGAAGCAGGCUUCCUGUGCCCAACAAAGGCCAAGGGUCAACUGCUCAGCCGUCAGGAGACACUGAGCCUUUGGUUACAUGGAAGUCUGACAGUGAAGAGGAUUUUGAAUUUCAGCCCACUUCUAAGGCAGCUGCCCGUGAAAUCACUCAACAGCUGAUUAGAGAUGGGUAUGAUCUUGACCUGACCCCCGACGAUGAUGAUCUAGACCUUAUUCCACCGAAACCACUGACUCAAAGGUGUUCCUGCUGCAACCCAUCUCAGACGUGCUCCGUUAUGUGACCGGCUGUUGUUGUUUUGCUGACAUGACCAUUGCUAUGUGGAAAAGACGGUCUUUUUCUGGAACGUUUUUCUGGAACGUGACCAUGGGGUGCAGGCGUGAACGGACUGACUGUUCGGUUUAACAUUCCAUAUUUUUUUCUGCUGCUGAUACCACUCGCUACAUUCGUGUUGUUGUUGCAGCAGCUAUAGUGGGUGAACUUAUAACGUAUCGUGAUGAGUGGUGCGUGAAAUUGUGCAGAACUCGAAAUUUUAUUUGCUGCCUUCCUCCUAGUUGGGGGAUGCUUCAAAUCUCAAAGCUGUUAUUAGACGAUUCCACGAUGUUCAGUGGCAUGCAUUGUGUGAGACUCAUUGCUUUUAACUGCCCUCCACUUGCCAGGGGUGUGCUUCAAAUUUUUGAACCCUGAUUCCUGAACUGGGUCAUAAUGUACAAUUUAUUUAAUUGCAAAAAAUUUUGGAAUCUCACGAUUUCCAAUUCUGUACAUAAUGCUCACUAUGCUCUACCAAGACAAAAAAAUCCUACAAUUUGUGCUGUGAUACAUUUGCUCAGCACUGCACUUGAAUAAUGGUAUUGCACAAAAGAUUGGGCAGUAGUGGAACCUCGCUCGUAUUGAGGGUGAGCUAUGUCUGUAGCCGUAUGGCACAUUCUUAUGCCUUGGCAUAAUUUUAGAUUCCGAAGCAGAUUGAAUGCAAAUGUUGCCACCAGAGGGAUUGACGCAAUGAUGCAUUAUUUUUUCGGAGCUGAUAAGGUGAUUUGUGCCGCGUUAGUGGAGUGCUUAUAGCCGUGCACAGCUAAAUUUGAAUCUGAGAGUAGUAUUAGAGUCACAUGAUGUGAAACCUUUGCGAGCAAUUUUUAUGAGACAAAGGCUUUGUAUUUUGCAGCAGUCUUUCUCGAUUACCUUUGAACACGUGAAUCGAGUUGUCGGGUAGCAUAACCUAAGCUGAAAUGUUUUGCCAUUUACUGUAGAUUUCUGUUGUAGUCAAGAUUGUGCAUGUUAGUCAAAGCAUUGUCAUGGCAGAGUUUUCACAAUGGCAGCGUUGUUUACUGUUACGUAGAAAACAUUCCAGUGCCAAAACAAUUUGUACACCAGGACUAAGAAAUUACUUGAUACUACUUUCUUGCCUUUAGUAGUGCCACACAAGUUCAGCGAGUGAUUUCCUAUGUGGAUGUCAGACUGUGUGAACUUAACUAAAAAACAAUUUUUAUUUCAAACUUAAGUCAGGUGGCACACGAGUUGUGCACUUUAAGUAUUUGAUGCUGGAACCUACACUGCUAGUUUUGAGACAGCGAUCCAAGUUUAUCAUUGUUACUGUGCUACAAUGGUGUUUGAAUUGACUAAUCUGCACUUCCUUAGAAACAUGCAUUUAUUGACAUUUGGUGCUCACAAAAUGUUUCAUGACACUCAUUAUGCUUGCACUUAUGAGCGUUAGCCAAAAGAAUGGCCCUUCAUGUGUGUGCAUAGCAGCACAUGUCACCAGUUCUUGCGAUUACCAGUUCAUUCGCAUAUCAGAGGUAUCAACCCAUACUUGUCAUUAUUGUAGCGAUCAGUUAUACUGAUCUGAUGUAGAACAGCUUUGGUUAUGAGAACGUGGCCUAGUUGUAACUUGAAAAGUUACUCUUGGAUGUGCUAAAGAUUCGUAAAAUGAUGCAUUUCUGUGUACACUCGUUGCACUGGUUGCAAUGACAGGAUCUGUGCACGGCACUAACAUUGAUCUUAUGAAGAGUCGGUUUUAUUAUCCUGACACUCAGUGAUACUACAAUUGCGAGUUGAUGCUUGUGCGUGGCAUAUUUUGUUCGUGUGAGCUUCAUCAGUAUUGUUUUGCUUCAGAACAUUUCCAUUUACUCUAGUCAAUGCCUGAUGCGCAAUUUACUUGCCCACCUUGGACGCAUAUGUUUUUACGUAACUGUUAUGCAUUAAAAAUGUGGUAUUUCGA